AUGUUCAUAUUCAAAAGUCUGCCGUUCGCUGGAGGCAUUUCUGUACGCAUCCUUCAGUAUACCUCCUUGACUUUCGGUUUUUUCAUAGCCUCUCAUCGGUGCAGCUCCCGCAAGGGUGCAAGUCCGUACACCUCUGUGGACAGUGAACGCUACUCGUCUCUUGUUAAGUCUGUUAUAUCUUCGAGGGUCAGUUCUCAAACUCCAGAGACCCUACAAGCUGAGGAUGAGCACAUAUUCGGACCAGUUGUCAAAGCUCAGACUCUGUCAAAACAAGAGCCGAGGCUUCCUAAAGUCAUGCAUCCUUUCUUACAUUGCAAAUACACUCCAGAAACAGAGGAGGUUGAGUCAGAACUCCCUGUCCGGAUUGUAUUAAACCGGGAGAGGGAUUCGUCAAUGCCGAGUGUGACCAGGAUUCUUCAGGCAACACUUUCUCAAGAGCAGCUCUUUUUUCUGGAAAGAUGGAGGAGGAGGAUGACUGCAGAACUGGGGGAAGAGGGCUUCAAAGAGUACACCAAAAAUUUGUUUAGACAAGGGAAACUUUUCCAUUCUGCCCUGGAGAACGUUUUAAUGUCAGAUGCUUUAAGCAAAGAUGAACUGCACGCAACACAUCCACCUGAUGUCCUGGGAUACAUGAAGAGCAUAUGUUACAUUCUGGAAGAUGUCAGAGCUGUAAGAGCAAUAGAGAGCAGUGUGCAGCAUGAUGCUCUUGAUUAUUUGGGCGUCGUGGACUGUGUGGCUCGUUAUAGAGGUGUUUUGUGUGUUAUUGACUGGAAGACUUCUGAAAAACCUAAACCAUUCCUGAGCAACACAUAUGAUAACCCUAUCCAGGUGGCAGCCUACGCUGGGGCGUUGAACAGUGACGGUAGAUAUAAAUACCAGGUGGAGAACGGCCUUAUUGUUGUUGCUUACAAGGAUGGCUCACCUGCUCAUGCACACCAACUGAACCGUGAGCUUAUGUCGGAGUUUUGGGAAAAGUGGCUGAUUCGCUUAGAAGAGUUCAGAGAACAGAGGUGA